AUGCAUGUUGCCGAGAAGGGAGACGUGCGCUGCUACCUCUUCCUCGACAAGAAGACGUCGCACGAGGAGCUUUGGGAGGGCCCCUCCCCAGAUCAAGCCGAACUUGUCUCGACAUCCGGUGCCGUUGAGGUGCUUCCCGUGCGGCAAUUCCUCGGCUUCCUGGAUAAGACGACAAAGGGAGCCUUCCUUUGCUACGAUUUUGACGGGAACUGGAACGCCGAAACCAAGCAGCAACUUGCCGGCGGGUCCUCGAUGGCAUCGAUCAAAAACGAGCUUCAUCUUUUGAGAGUGCAAAAGUCGCCCAAGGAGGUUGAGAUGAUGAGACACGUGUGUGAAGUUGGAUCCGUCGCGCUCACAGCAACAAUCUCGAAAUCAAGACAUGUUUAUCACGAAAAUGAGAUACGGGGAAGGAUGGAGCUGGAAUCGAGAAGGAGAGGCGCCGAGGCAUUGGCAUAUCUGCCCGUGAUUGCCGGCGGCCCUCGUGCAAAUACCAUCCAUUACCUCAAUGCCAGCUCGUCUCUCCGACCCACCGAUACCGUUUUAAUGGACGCGGGAUGCGACAUUAACGGCUAUGUAUCAGAUAUUACGAGGUGCUUUCCGGUCAGCGGCCGCUGGUCGGACCCGCAGCGAGUGCUCUACGAUGCCCUGAAUUUGGUGCAAACAAAUCUGCUUCAUUACGCCAACAACAAUGAGUGCAGCCUGAGCACGCUGUUCCACCGGAUGAACGAAUACUUGGCGGCGGCGAUGCGCGAGGCGGGCGUGCUAUCGAAUAAGCUGACCGACCAGGAAUUGCUGCGGGAGGCUAACGCUCUAUGCCCACACCACGUCUCCCACUACCUCGGUAUGGACGUCCACGACUGUGACACCGUUGCCAAGAAUAUGAAUCUGCAGCCCGGAAUGGCCUUUACGAUAGAGCCAGGCGUCUACAUCCCGGAUGACCGUAAAAAUGUGCCGAAGGAAUUCCGUGGUAUCGGAUACCGAAUCGAGGACGAUGUGGUGCGAACGGAGAGCGGGAUCGAG